AUGCCCCCCGCGCUUCCGUGCGCCGCCCCCGCGGCCGCCGCCGCGCGCUCGCGCGCGUCGUCGUUCGUCCGCGAGAAGACCGUCUCCGUCGCGCCGUCGGGGACGACGGCGAUGCGCGUCGCGCGCGCGUCGCGCGCCGAGAGAUUCGCCGCGAGAAUUCUCCGCGACCGCACGACGAGCGAGGCGACGUCGCGCGCGUCGCGCGUCGUCCCGAACGCGCGUCGUCAAUACGGAUACGCGUACGGAUACGCGUACGGAUACGCGUACGGGCAGUGGGGCGGGGACGAGAUGGACCCGGAGUGGGGCGGCGGCGCGGCGAAUCGCGUCGCGUCCGCGCCGUCCGCGGCCGCGACGCCGGCGCCGAUCGACGAGCCGUCGAGCGGGGCCCCGAGCGACGCGUCGUACGAGAAGCGACCGGAGUCCGCGCUCCCGGCGUAUCGCCAGGACCCGCGCGUCGUCGCCGCGCUGAAGCGCCAGUACGCGAGACCGCCGCCAACGCCGUACCAGCGCGCGGGCUCCGCGGGCGCGAUCCAGUACGAGCGCGCCAAGGAGGAGUCGCGGGAGAAGGAGAAGACGUCGUGGUGGGAAAAGGCGAAGAAGAUCGACAAGAGCACGAUCGCCGCGCUCGGCGGCGCCGCGCUUCUGAGCUACGGGUUCAUCUCCAACUUGUUCUACGUCUCUUCGCUGCUUCUCGCGACGUACACGGCGGUCAAAACGCACGGGGUGUCCCCGCUCGUGAACGCGGCCGCGAUGAAGACGUUCGGCGCGUCGUAUUUCGGCCUGUGGAUGAUCCAGAACUUCCUGAGGCCCGCGAGGAUGGGGCUCAGCGUCGCGAUAUCCCCCGGCACGGAUAAGAUCGUCGAGUUUUUCCGUCGGUACGUCCCGCGCAACGAGAAAGGGCCCGCGUUCGCGCUGACGGUGUUUUGCGUCAACGUGUUGGGGACGUUCGCGUACAUGUUCGGCGGAUUCUUCUUGAUCCAGGCGCUGACCGGGGUGUCGCUCGAGCUGAGCAGCCUGAGCGGGCUCUUAGUCGCCGCGAAAGCCGCGCGCGGGGGACCGGCGUGA